AGGGCUCAAGGGAAGGAGAGAGAAGAGUAUCUGAGCGGGCAUCGAGGCUCUCUCACACUAAAUUCCAGAUCCGCGCAGUCCGAGCGAGCUUCCUGAUCUUGAUCCUGAUCCUGAAGGACCGAGCCGAAGACAUCAUCAUGGCUUCCUCCUCGACUAUCGUUGCCCUGCGCCGUGUGGCCUCCAUGUCCAAGACGAUCGUUCCUUCUGCUGCUGGUAAGCGAAGCUUUCACUCGUCUGGAGCUCGGAUGGGAGGACAUGGAGGCGGCUCCAGUGGUGAGAUGUACAGCAAUGAUUAUCUCCACGCCCCCCACAUGUACGAUCUUCCCAAUAUGAAGCAGAAGAGUCUGAAGAUGGGGCUUCUUGUUUUUGGUGGUUUGGCUCUUGGCACAGCUGUUCCAAUUGUUGCUUGUCAGUAUCAGCAAAAGAAGACAGGUGGCUCGUAAACUGGUUGACAGACAACCAGGAUUACUGAGUGUGGAGAAAGCUCCAUUAUUCUUCAAGUUUUCUUGACCGCGGAAUAGUGAUUCCGAAGAGUAUACCGGCUGACAGGAGUUAGAUGAUUCCAGACCUUGAGUCAGAUGAGCUAGAGAUAUUUGCAGGAUUGCAACCAAAAUCCGAUUUCUAGAUCGCAUUUAUCUCGCUUUGCAGUGUUUUCGAGGAAAGUCUUGAAUAUUGCAAUAGAUGGAUAUUCAAGUCUUUGUCCUUUAUCUCUGUCACCGAGUGUCAUCAGGAAGUUUGCCAGGGAAGACAAAAGGGAAAAGCAGUGCUAUUUGAUCAUUCUGAAGGCAGUUUGUCACAUGGUGGUGGUAAUCAACUUGUUGUUACCACCAUAGUGCAACUUCUCUUCACAAUUGGUGUUUGUUAAAGGUACAGUCUAAUACAUCGAUGAGAUUCACAGUUGAAUCCACUGCGAGAUGUCCCGA